AUGCGUGUGAGCUGGACCAGGUACACGAACGCCACGUUCGAAAAGCCCACGUCGCGCGAGACGGUCGUCGUCUUAGGGCACGGGUUCGGUUGCGAUUCGACGUGCUGGCACAACUUAAAACCAUUGUUAGCAAAGCGAGGAUACGGGGUGCUAACAUAUGACCUCCCGUACGCCCGGACGUCGGGGUUGGGUGCAUUCGACGAGUCCCCAAACCGUCGGAGCGUCCUCCGAGCGGCCUUCGAGCGGUUCAAGGCACCCCCGUCGAUUCCGCACCGACCAACGAAGAAUAGGGAUUUCGAUUUCGAGCGAUACUCGAACCUGGAGGCAUACGCAGACGAUCUGAUCCAUCUUCUAGACGAGCUCGGACUGAGGAACUCCAUCUUCCUGGGACACUCCGUCUCCGGGAUGAUCGGGACCCUGGCCAGCACGAAGAGGCCCGAACUGUUCCGGGCGCUGAUCCUGCUGUCGUCUUCGCCUCGCUACAUCAACGACGCCGCCUCCGGCUACGCGGGCGGUUUCGAGCGCGAGCAGCUCCGAGAACUCUUUCAUAACGUCGAGCACAAUUACGAGGGCUGGGUGACCGGGUUCGCACCAUUGGCCAUCGAAGAGCCCGACGACGUCGCAGUGAGACGCUUCACCAGCGGUCUCCUCGCGGUGCGCCCGGACGUAGCGCUGGCGACGUGCAAGACCAUCUUUUUGAUGGAUCUCCGGCACAUCUUGCCGAGAGUCACGGUACCAUGCGUCAUCCUGCAGAGCCAGUCGGACGUCGCCGUUCCGGCAUCGGUCGGGGCCUACAUGUCGGCCACCAUCGAGAACUCGAUGUCUCGCAUCGAUACGUUCUUGCGCCGGUUGGACUCCGUCUUAGAGCUACCCGAGUACGAUGGGACGCCCACGUUCAUCGAGAACAUCCAGGCGCACGCUCAGGAGGAUGCCAUGCCGGGAGAGGAGGCCUUCCUGCAGCAGAUCCUGGAUCUGUCCAUCCGGACGACCCGGUCGUACGUGGAUCGAGCCGCCGACCGCGCGCACGUGCUCCGUUCCGCUUGCUCGCACCUGCACAGCGUCCUCGAGUCCAAGUCCCUCACCCCUUCCGUCGCCAGGCACCUGGACUGCCUGUCCGUCGUCGCCGUGGCCAUAGAAAGACGUCAGGAGAAGGACUGGAACGACUCCGAGCAACUGCGGCUCAGCUCGAGUAACACCAUCGACGAGCUGAAGAGAGACGGCCUGAUCAUGGAGGAGAUCCUGGGGGACGAGACAUACGAGAGGGAGCUGCGCACCCUGCGCGAGUUCUCCGACGACAAGCGCAACUCGCAUUCGGUCUGGAAGCUGAUGGCACGGGUCGUGCGCGCGUACGUGGCAUCCGCGAGGGCAUUCGCACACCACCUCCACUUGAAAGACGUUCUGGGCCACGACCUGAAGGAGAACGAGACGGCGAGGCGUUUGGCUUCUCGCUUCGGGGUCACGAACUGGGAUACCUUGCGGGAGGACCUGGGCAAGUUCAUGCAAGACUGCGAGACCGUGACGUACCUGGACCUUUCCUGUAUUCCAAAUGGUUUGGACAUGGGACGAUGGACGGGAGUGGUCGGAGACAUGCUGCACGGCUUCUCGGGAUCCAUCCACAUCGGCAGAGGCGUGGUCUUUCGGGUCUCUGCCGGGGAGGCCUCAUCGGCGAAGUUCGCCAUGAAGACGGAGGAGACGGGCGCCAUGAGGCAGACCUUCGACCUGGUCUUCUGCACCGGUGGCCCGAAUGGGAUGAGGCUAGGCGGAGACGCAUGCAUGCCCGUUGCCCAGCUCUUCCGGAGCCACGCGCAUGAUGUAGAUAGCGGAGAUUGGUACGUCAACGGCAGACGCAUAAGGCAGCGCGUCCAUGCGCACGUGAGGAGGCACACGGGAGGAUUACGCGACAUCGUCGUCUCCGUCGACGACAGGAGCAGAGAGCUGAUCGUCAUCUUCAUGGUGCAGUUUCGAGAGGUCGAGGAGGGAUACGAGAUAGCAUACGGGUUUCAAGAUCCACGGGGUCCUAGGAGAGAGGUCGUCGAUUGGCCUAGCAGGUCUUUCCUAGAACUCUGGCUAGACACUCUGAGCGCAUGA